CCUUCAAUUUCUAAAAAGCCAAAGCCAAACCCUAAGAAUGACCAAACAUCACUCUGGAAAAAUGGCGAUCUCCCUAAAAUCGUACCACAUGAUCCUCUUCACUGCCAUCUUUACAGUGCUGAUCUCCAUAGCCACCUCCAAUUCGCAGACGGACUUAGUCUCGGAGCUGCUGAGCCUCCAGUCUCAAUCAACAUCAGGCAUUAUUCACUUAAACGACCACCUAAUCUCCCGUUUUUUGACCUCUACAAAAACACCACGCCCUUACUCUAUCCUCAUCUUUUUCGAUGCUCAACAACUCCACAGUAAGCCCGAGCUCCACCUCCAAGAUCUACGCAAUGAAUUCUCCAUCCUUGCCUCGUCAUUCAUCACCAACAACCCCUCCGAUCACGGAAAACUCUUCUUCUGCGAUCUCGAAUUCAAAGAAUCUCAAUCCUCAUUCGGAAUGUUCGGAGUCAAUUCUCUCCCUCACAUCCGCCUGGUGGGUCCCGAUGCUAAAUCUCUCAAAGAUGAUUCGAUUCAGAUGGACCAGGGAGAUUUCUCACGGAUGGCUGAAUCAAUGGCUGAUUUUGUCCAAUCAAGAACCAAACUUAUUGUGGGACACAUUCACCGUCCACCAUUGCUUUCAAAGAAACAACUUGGACUCAUCGUUUUAAUAUUUUUAAUCUGGUUACCGUUUGUGAUUAAAAAGAUCAUCGCUGGCGAGACUUUGUUGCAUGACCGCAAGAUUUGGCUAUUGGGUUCUGUGUUUGUUUACUUUUUCAGUGUGUCCGGUGCAAUGCACAAUAUAAUUCGCAAAAUGCCUAUGUUUUUGGCGGAUAGAAAUGAUCCAAACAAGCUCAUAUUCUUUUACCAGGGUUCAGGGAUGCAGUUGGGAGCAGAGGGGUUUGCCAUUGGGUCAUUGUACACAAUUGUAGGAUUGUUAUUGGCACUUGUGACUAAUGUUCUUGUUAAGGUGAAGAAUGUGACGGCGCAGAGAGUGGUUAUGACUUUUGCGUUGUUGGUUUCAUUUUGGGCGGUGAGGAAGGUUAUUUACUUGGAUAAUUGGAAGACUGGAUAUGGGGUUCAUGGGUACUGGCCUUCCAGUUGGUGAGGAAGGUUGUUAACUUGGAUUAUUGGAAGACCUUCCAGUUGGAAGUGAUAGUGAAAUCAAAAUGCGGUCAGCACUUUUUUAUGUUUAUUGUUCAAAAAUUUUCAUUAGAGAUUCUGAUUGAACUUUGAUGUUUUAUAUGUAUAACUAUUAGAUUGUUAUCACUUAACUAUGUUACUCUUUCGAAAAAUAUGGGAUGUUGAAUAAUUGCUAGAACUACACCAACACAUAAUUUUGAGAA